CAGCGAGGAGGCGGUCCGCCCCGGCACAGACACAGCACACCUUCAGAUGGAGAUGAAGUAGCAGCGGCAGUCGAUCAGCAGAGCAACCAACAGCGUCUGUAGCGCGGAUCCGGUGCUUUUUUUUUUCUUCCUUAAGGGGGGACAGGUGACAGAGCAGACCCGAGCGACACUCAGCCGCCUCCAACGUCCAUCGGUGGAAAUUACUGCUGUUUCACCCCCCCCUCCUCCUCCUCCUCCCCUCCCCGAGCGCCCUCCCGAUUGCCACAAUAGAUGUUACUAAACUCCAUGCAUUACGAUCUGAUCAUCUAAAAGCCCAGUCCACCAAGAUGGAAAAUGCGCACACUAAAUCUGCGACUGAAGUUUUGAACAACUUCGGUGUGAACGAGAACACCGGACUGACUCUGGAACAAGUCAAAGUCCAUUUAGAGAAAUAUGGACCGAACGAGCUCCCAGCUGAAGAAGGGAAGUCUCUGUGGGAACUGGUUGUGGAGCAGUUUGAAGACCUCCUGGUCAGGAUCCUGCUGCUCGCUGCCUGUGUUUCCUUUGUGUUGGCUCUGUUUGAGGAAGGAGAGGAGACAACCACCGCCUUUGUGGAGCCCGUUGUCAUUCUUCUUAUUCUCAUCGCCAACGCUGUUAUCGGGGUCUGGCAGGAGCGAAAUGCUGAAAAUGCCAUUGAGGCUCUGAAAGAGUACGAACCAGAGAUGGGGAAGGUGUACCGCAUGAACCGCAAGGCUGUCCAAAGGAUCAAAGCCAGAGACAUUGUCCCGGGAGACAUAGUGGAGGUGGCAGUUGGUGACAAGGUACCCGCAGACAUCAGAGUGACCUCUAUAAAGUCCACCACCCUGCGUGUGGACCAGUCAAUCCUCACAGGGGAGUCUGUGUCCGUCAUCAAACACACCGACCCUGUUCCAGACCCCAGAGCUGUCAACCAAGACAAAAAGAACAUGUUGUUUUCAGGCACAAACAUCGCUGCAGGCCGUGCCAUAGGUGUUGUUAUUGCCACCGGCGUUUCCACAGAGAUCGGUAAGAUCCGCAAUCAGAUGGCAUCUACUGAACAAGAGAAAACGCCACUGCAGCAGAAGCUGGACGAGUUCGGCCAGCAGCUCUCCAAGGUCAUCUCCCUGAUCUGCGUGGCUGUGUGGGUCAUCAACAUCGGCCACUUCGGAGACCCCGUCCACGGCGGUUCUUGGGUCAGAGGCGCCAUCUAUUACUUUAAGAUCGCCGUGGCUCUGGCUGUGGCCGCCAUCCCCGAAGGCCUGCCUGCCGUCAUCACCACCUGCUUGGCUCUCGGCACACGUCGCAUGGCCAAAAAGAACGCCAUCGUUCGGAGCCUGCCCUCUGUGGAGACCCUCGGCUGUACCUCUGUUAUCUGCUCCGACAAGACGGGUACCCUCACCACCAACCAGAUGUCUGUCUGCAGAAUGUUCAUUGCAGACAAGGUGGUAGAUUCGAGCUGCACCCUUCAUGAGUUCUCUAUCACCGGGUCUACAUAUGCUCCUGAGGGACAAAUACUGAAAGGAGACAAGCCCGUACAAUGUGGAGACUAUGAUGGACUUUUGGAGUUGGCCACUGUGUGCUCCAUGUGCAAUGACUCUUCACUGGACUACAAUGAGGCCAAAGGCGUUUAUGAGAAGGUGGGCGAAGCCACAGAGACGGCUCUCACCACCCUGGUGGAGAAGAUGAACGUCUUCAAGACUGACGUGUCCGGACUCAGCAAGGUGGAACGCGCCGGUUCCUGCAACUCGGUUAUCAGGCAGUUGAUGAAGAAGGAGUUCACCUUGGAGUUCUCCCGUGACCGCAAGUCCAUGUCAGUCUUCUGCACACCCGUCAAACCGGGCUCCCAGAGCAAGAUGUUCAUCAAGGGUGCUCCAGAGAGCGUGAUUGAGCGGUGUCAGUACCUGCGGGUGGGAACUGGGAAGGUGACACUAACACCAGCCCUGCGUGACCAGCUUUUGUCCAAGAUCAGAGACUGGGGGACAGGCAGGGACACCUUGAGGUGCUUAGCACUGGCCACUCAUGACACCCCGCCACGCAAAGAGGACAUGGACUUGGAGGAUUCCACCAAGUUUGUGAAAUAUGAGCUGGGUCUCACAUUUGUUGGCUGCGUGGGCAUGCUCGACCCGCCCAGGAAGGAGGUGAUCGGGUCAGUGAAACUGUGCAAUGAGGCAGGUAUACGCGUUAUCAUGAUCACGGGAGACAACAAGGGCACAGCUGUGGCCAUCUGCAGACGAAUUGGCAUCUUCGGAGAGGAAGAGGACGUGGCAGGGAAGGCCUACACGGGCCGCGAGUUUGAUGAUCUGCCGUCGGAUGCCCAGAGGGAAGCCGUCAAGCGGGCGCGAUGCUUCGCCAGAGUGGAGCCAGCUCACAAGUCUAAGAUCGUGGGAUACUUGCAGUCAUUCGAUGAGAUUACUGCCAUGACAGGAGAUGGUGUGAACGAUGCCCCGGCCCUGAAGAAAGCAGAGAUUGGCAUCGCCAUGGGCUCCGGCACAGCAGUGGCCAAGUCUGCGUCUGAGAUGGUGCUGUCUGAUGAUAACUUCUCCACCAUAGUGGCUGCCGUGGAGGAGGGCAGGGCCAUCUACAACAACAUGAAGCAGUUCAUCAGAUACCUCAUCUCCUCUAAUGUGGGAGAAGUUGUCUGCAUCUUUCUGACGGCCAUCCUGGGUCUCCCUGAGGCUUUGAUUCCAGUCCAGCUGCUGUGGGUUAAUCUGGUGACCGAUGGCCUGCCUGCCACCGCCCUGGGCUUUAACCCUCCAGACUUAGACAUCAUGGACAAACCUCCCCGCAACCCUAAGGAGCCUCUCAUCUCUGGCUGGCUCUUCUUCAGAUAUCUGGCCAUCGGAGGAUAUGUGGGUCUUGGAACAGUCGGUGCUGCCACAUGGUGGUACCUGUUUGAUGAAGAUGGUCCACAAGUGUCUUUCUAUCAGCUGAGACACUUCAUGCAGUGUACUGAGGAAAACCCCAUGUUCCAGAACAUAGACUGUGAGGUGUUUGAAUCCCGCUACCCCACAACCAUGGCCCUGUCUGUGCUGGUCACCAUCGAAAUGUUCAAUGCACUCAACAGUUUGUCUGAGAACCAGUCCCUGCUCAGGAUGCCUCCAUGGGUCAACAUUUGGCUGCUGGGAGCCAUCAUCCUCUCCCUGUCCCUCCACUUCUUAAUCCUCUAUGUUGAGCCUCUGCCGUUGAUCUUCCAGGUGACCCCCCUGCACUGGUCCCAGUGGAUCGUGGUGCUGAAGAUUUCCAUCCCAGUCAUCCUCCUGGAUGAGGCACUUAAAUAUAUGUCCAGGAACCAUCUAGAUGGUGAUGAAGACAAGAAAUAUCGGAGGAGAUGGCAGCUGAACUAAGACCUCUCCCUCAACACACUCACACACUUAGACACACGCCUACCCUCUUCCCUUUAUGAGCUAGGAGCCUUUUUCUCUCACCCCUGUCCUCAUUCCCCCACUCCUGCAUGUCCGACAAACCACCACUAAAAAACGAGCAGUGGCUUGCAUGAGAACGAGUGUGCAAGAAAGGAGCGCACGUGUGUUUCUGCGAGCAUGGCUUUGUACGAGUGCGUGAGUAAACGGGUACUGUGUGUAUGUAUGUGCGAGUGUGCGAACAGGUAGACGCAGGCCUGUCUUUAUAGUUGCCAGAGCGAGAAACAACCGCAGGCGUUAACAAAACAAAAAAAAGAAAGAAAAAA